GCCAAGUGAAUUGAAUUCAAGGGACCCAGUACUGCCGGCCGAACACCACCAAAUCCCCGAACGGCACGGACUUGAACUCUCCAAAGCCCGGAAGUGGUGCCCCGACCCCGAUCUCACGGUUGAAAUCUUUCCCGCCAAAGACGAUAACAACACCGAACAAACCCUCUUUGCCAAUCGAGACAGUACCCACGAUCCAUUGGCCAGAAGAUUCCCUUCUGCUGGAACACAGAAACAAAUAUACAAUCACGUGUUAGAAUGUCUGAAGUAGAUGAAACAAACCAAUCGGACAGGGGCCGGAAAGUCUCCACAGAAAUGAUCGCGUCGGACUCGGACGGGACCCCUUUCAGACCGACAGCGUGACGGCAUCCCAUCUCUCUGGCGCAACUCCUUUCCGUCCGCCAUUGUAACCCGCACAUCUGUCACGCGUAAUUGACCUGUAUCGCCUUACUCCAGUUACUUUCCGACAAAACAUGGCCCCGGCACCAUGGGAUUCAGUCCCUCCUGAGGACACCCUCUUCGCUUUGGUUACUGGCGCCAACAGCGGAAUCGGUUUCGCUAUUUGCCAACGCCUGAUCGACGAGUACCUCACGACGCGCUCCCUGACCUCCCACCUCGUCGUCAUCCCCACCACCCGCAGCGUCAAGAAGUCGCAAGAAACCAUCGAUGCUCUCCGCCAACAUGCCCGCGAAUUCGCGACCACCUCAGACAUCCUCCGCUCCCGCGCGGGUCCCAACUACGAUCCCCGAUCAGUCACGAAGCGCAUCCACAUCCUCAGCGUCCAACUGGACCUGUGCAACCUCGCCGACGUCCACCGCGCCGCCGAACAACUCGUCAACGGCACCGUGAGCAGCCCCGCCAACGAUAACGAUGCCUACUUCACCUCCCUCACCGACGUGAGGAUACCCCGUCUCGACUCGGUCAUCUUCAACGCCGGCAUGGGCGGCUGGACCGGUCUCGACUGGCCCAAGGUCUUCCACAACAUUUUCACAAAGGGUCUCGUCCAAGCCACCACCUGGCCGACCUUCAAGGCCGCCACGGCCGGGCACGUUGUCAACCCCUUGCCCGACGUCAAAGACGAGAAGGUUCCCGAAAUGGGCCAAGUCUUUUGCGCCAACGUCUUCGGCCACUACCUCUUCGCGCACAAGCUCGUGCCCCUGCUCAGCCGCUCCGAGUCCGACUCUAGUAUCCCUCCCGGCCGUAUAAUCUGGGAAUCCUCCAUCGAGCCCGGGUGGAAGAACCUCGAGCUCUCCGACUUCCAAGCCAUCAAGACCAACGCCGCCUACGAGAGCACCAAGCGCCUGACGGACGUGCUUUCCCUAACGGCCACCUUACCCUCGGCCCGCCCGUUUGUCAACUCUUAUCUUCAGCCGGCCACCAAGUCAUCAAACUCACCAGCUACCCCACCCAUACUCUACCUCGUCCACCCGGGCAUCGUCCAAACGACCCUCUUCCCGCUCAACGCCUUCAUGUUCUUCUGGUACCGCGUGGUGCUGUACAUUGCGCGCUGGCUCGGCUCCCCCUGGCAUCCGAUAACGGGGUACAACGGCGCCGUGGCGCCCGUGUGGCUCGCGUUGCAGGAGCAGGAGGCCUUGGACGCGGUGAAUGCCGAGCAUGUGAAAUGGGGGUCGAGCACGGAUUGGUGGGGGGAAUGCAGAGUGAAGAAGACGGAGGUGGAAGGGUGGGGGUGGGAUGGCACGGUUGAGACGAGGAAGGAGCUGAAGAAUGAGAAGGGGGAGAGAGGGAUGGGGAGGAAGAUUGUGGGGAGGAAGUCCGGGGCGACGGAUUUGACGGAGGAGAAGAGGGUUGAGUUUGAGAUGUUGGGGGUGGAGUGUUGGAGGGAGAUGGAGAGGUUGAGGGGGGAGUGGGAGGGGAGGUUGGAAAGGGUUCUUGGGAGGAAGUGAUGUGAUGCAUGAUGGUAAUGAGAUGAGGUUGGUUAAAAAGUAAACAUUACCCCUGUCCUGCUUUGAAGGGAGCAGAGGAGCGAGAGACCUAGAUAUACAAAAUAAUAAUCCUAAUUGAUGUACCCAAAACCCGCCACAGGGGUAUAAACGAGAAUGUGCAUCCUCAUAACAUAUAAACAAACCAUAACACAUACACACCGUCAUCCAUCAUAACGUCAUUGCAGACCCCAACCCUCAGCAAGAACAGAGAGAACUCACGCCGUCCCCUCCGCCCCAAACCCAUCCCCCCUCCCAUCAUCCGACCUCACCCUCCUCAAACUAACCCUAUCCCCCCUCCCAAACAACCCAAGACAAAGCGGCACCGGCACCGCCACCAUCG